UGACUAGCAUCCAUGAGGAUGCACGUUCGAUCUCUGGCCUUGAAAACCCUUAUUAUGAACCAGCUGCUUUAUAAACUUAACCGCUAUUCUAUUAAGUAGCACAAUGAGGCAUAGAAAGUUUACAUAACAUCCCCAAGACUAUAGGGCUGGGAAUGAGCUUGAAUUGGAACCCACUCUAGCUUCAUUAUUGCCAAUGCCACCCACACGAGGCGACUUUUGAAAAAAGAAAAAGUUCCUCGCCCAGUACUAAAUGGCUUUAUCGCCUCGUUCCCUUAAAAAUUUCCCUUCGUGUUAGUAUGUCUUUUAAGGAUACAACAUUUCCCUGUUUUAGCUUUCCCUUGAGUGCAGACCCCAAGGCCGCUCACAGCCCCAGAGCAGCAGUAAUUUACUUUCAAGAAAGCUAAGGGAUUUGCGGAAACAAUUACCGACGCGCUGCGCAGUCAAAUACCAAGGACAUCUCCGAUUGCCCUAGCGGCAACAGUUACAAUUCAGAAAUCCGACUUCUGACUUCCGGGUAAAACCGCUUCCGGCGGCACCGGAAGCCUAACGGGGACCCUUUCGGGAUCGGACCGGCUGGCAGGUUGUCCUCCCGGGCCCGGAAGGUGAUCUCCGCCCUGCUUCAGAAUCCGGACGCCCCAGGCCCCAUGUAGGAGUUGUAUAACUUCCAAGGCUUCCAACUGUUUCAGUCAGACGUUUCCACCAACUCGAAUACAUUAUUUUCAGCAUCUUUUUUCAGAUUCCAUGAUAAGAAUAUCCCAGCGACCAAAGAACACCGAAAUCGGAGUCAGAAAGCCUAGAUUCUAGACCUUAUUGUCAUCGAUUAGCGGAGAAAUAUGAACCAGAAGAUUCUGAAGUUGGAGAACUUGCUACGAUUUCACACUGUUUGUAGGCAGCUGCACAGCCUGUGUCAAAGAAGAAUGUUAGCACAGUGGAGGCACGUGUUUUCAUCUGCUUACCCUGCAUGGACGGCUCAACUGUAUGCACACCCCGGGCAAACAGAUGUACUCAUCAGGGCUGCUUUAUCUCAACAGAGGCUUCUGGCAACAAAGGAGGAAGAAAGAUCACAGAAAUCUCAGUUGUCUUCAAGAAAAUCUAAAAAGGAGGUGGAGGUAUGGAUUGGAAUGACUGUUGAGGAGUUGGCCAGAGCAAUGGAGAAAGACAUAGAUUUUAUAUAUGAAUCUUUAAUGAACACUGCUGUUGACAUAGAUUCACUAGAAGCAGACUCACAUUUAGAUGAAGUUUGGAUCAAAGAAGUGAUAAAGAAGUCAGGGAUGAAGUUAAAAUGGAGUAAAUUAAAACAGGACAAAGUCAGAGAAAAUAAAGACGCUGUAAAAAGGCCCCAGGGAGAUCCAGCUUUAUUAAUCCCAAGGUCUCCAGUUGUUGCUAUAAUGGGCCAUGUUGAUCAUGGGAAAACAACAUUACUUGACCAACUGAGAAAAACUCAAGUGGCAGCAAUGGAAGUUGGAGGCAUCACUCAGCACAUUGGUGCCUUUCUUGUCUCUCUGCCUUCUGGGGAAAAGAUAACCUUUCUUGAUACUCCAGGACAUGCUGCUUUCUCAGCAAUGAGAGCCCGAGGUGCUCAGGUCACUGACAUUAUCAUAUUAGUUGUAGCUGCAGAUGACGGAGUGAUGAAACAAACUGUAGAAUCCAUUCAGCAUGCCAAAGAUGCUCAAGUACCGAUUGUCCUUGCCAUAAACAAAUGUGACAAAGCUGAGGCUGAUCCUGAGAAAGCGAAAAAAGAACUUCUAGCUUAUGAUGUGGUUUGUGAGGAUUAUGGAGGUGACGUUCAAGCAGUGCAUGUCUCUGCACUCACGGGUGAUAAUAUGAUGGCUUUGACAGAAGCAACAGUUGCUCUUGCAGAGAUGUUAGAAUUGAAAGCAGACCCUACUGGUCCAGUUGAAGGAACAGUAAUAGAAUCUUUCACAGACAAAGGAAGAGGUCCUGUUACUACAGCUAUAAUUCAAAGAGGAACUUUGAAAAAAGGCUCCAUUCUGGUUGCUGGAAAGAGUUGGGCAAAAGUACGCUUAAUGUUUGAUGAAAAUGGAAAAACAAUCAAUGAGGCCUGUCCUAGCAUGCCAGUAGGAAUUAUAGGCUGGAGAGAUCUCCCUUCUGCAGGAGAUGAAAUUCUUGAAGUAGAAUCUGAGGCAAGGGCACGUGAAGUUGUUGACUGGAGGAAAUAUGAGCAAGAGCAGGAGAAAAGUAAAGAGGAUCUGAAGUUAAUAGAAGAAAAGCGAAAGGAACACCAAGAAGCACAUCAGAAAGCCCGGGAGAAGUACGGCACUUUGCCCUGGAAGGAGAGAUCGUUUAUAAAGUACAAAGAAAAAAAACAGCAGCAACCCUUAAAGCUAAAAGAAAAAGUAGAAAGAGAUUCAGAUGUACUUCCUAUAAUUAUUAAAGGUGAUGUUGAUGGUUCUCUUGAGGCCAUUUUAAACAUUAUGGAUACCUAUGAUGCUUCACAUGAGUGCGAACUAGAAUUAGUACAUUUCGGUGUGGGUGAUAUUAGUGAAAAUGAUGUUAAACUUGCUGAAACAUUUAAUGGUGUUAUAUAUGGCUUCAAUGUGAAUGCAAGCAAUGUUAUCCAGCAGUCAGCUGCAAAAAAAGGAGUAAAAAUUAAACUUCACAAAAUCAUUUACCGUCUUAUUGAAGAUGUGCAGGAGGAACUGAGCAGCAGAUUGCCCUGUGCUGUGGAAGAGCACAUAAUAGGUGAGGCUUCUAUACUAGCUACCUUCUCCAUAACAGAAGGGAAGAAGAAGAUUCCUGUUGCUGGCUGCAGAGUCCAAAAGGGACAGUUGGAAAAGCAAAAAAAAUUUAAAUUAAUCCGUAAUGGGCAUGUCAUUUGGAAGGGCUCAUUGAUCUCACUGAAACACCAUAAAGAUGAUAUUUCUGUCAUCAAAACUGGAAUGGAUUGUGGUCUCAGUUUGGAUGAAGAAAAGAUAGAGUUUAAAGUGGGAGAUGGUAUUGUUUGUUAUGAAGAAAAAGAAGUUCCAGCCAAGACUUCUUGGGAUCCAGGAUUUUAAAAUUGUAUUUAAAAAGUACAAAUGAGUUCCUGUCAUGGCUCAGUGGUAACGAAUCUAACUAGUAUC